AUGAAGUUUAUAUUCUUCUUUCUCUUUUUUCUCCUCAUGCUCUUAUGUAGCUCUAUAGAAUGCAUUCAUCCUCACCCAUUAGACCCUCUCACCCCUUCAGAACUCAACCUAGUCCGUACCAUAAUCCACAAAUCAUAUCAAACCUCAGCCAAACACACCAACCUCACUUUUCAAUACGUAGGAUUACACGAACCAGACAAACAUGUUAUCCAAUCAUGGCUAUCCUCAAAAACCAAAACUCUACCACCACCACCUCGUCAAGCUUUCGUCAUAGCCAGGUUUCAUAAACAGUCCCUCGAAAUCACACUAGAUUUCCCAACUCGUUCCAUAAUCUCAACAAAAAUCUACAAAGGACACGGUUACCCUAUGCUUACCUUUGAUGAACAAAUCAUUGCGUCACUGUUACCAUUCACCUAUGAACCGUUUAAACAUUCUAUAAACAAAAGAGGUCUUAACAUAUCUCAUGUUCUGUGUUCCACUUUCACAGUAGGUUGGUUUGGAGAGGAAAACACCAAAAGGACAUUGAUAAUUAAGUGCUAUUACAUGAAGGGUUCUGCUAAUUUGUAUAUGAGACCAUUGGAGGGUGUGUCAGCUGUGGUUGAUCUUGAUGAAAUGAAAAUUGUUGGUUACUCUGAUAAACAUGUGAUCCCAGUGCCGAAAGGUGAAGGUACUGAGUAUCGAGCUUCGAAGAUGAAACCACCGUUUGGUCCAAAGCUUAAAGACAUGGCUGUCAGUCAACAUGAUGGACCUGGAUUCACCAUCCAAGGUCACUCCAUCAGUUGGGCCAAUUGGGUCUUUCAUUUGGGAUUCGAUAUUCGGGCUGGCCCAAUAAUAUCUCUGGCAUCAAUUUAUGAUCUAGCGAAGCAGAAAUAUCGCGAGGUAUUAUACAAAGGAUUCAUAUCAGAAGUGUUUGUUACAUACCAAGACCCAACUGAGGAAUGGUACUACACAUCAUACUUUGAUUCUGGUGAAUCUGGUUUUGGACAGUCUAUGUCUUCAUUACAACCUUUCACUGAUUGUCCUGCAAAUGCUGUGUUCAUGGAUGCAUAUUAUUCUAGUUCAGAUGGUACUCCUGUUAUGAUAUCUAAUGCUUUCUGCAUAUUUGAGAAGUAUGCCGGUGAUAUCAUGUGGCGUCACACAGAAAUUGGAAUCCCAAAUGAAGUGAUAACUGAAGUCAGGUCUGAUGUAAGUCUAGUAGUAAGAGCAGUUUCAACUGUGGGAAACUAUGAUUAUGUCAUUGAUUGGGAGUUUAAGCCAAGUGGUAGCAUUAAACUUGGGGUUGGGCUUACUGGGAUAUUAGAGGUUAAGGCAGGGACAUACACCAACACAGAUCAUAUCAAAGAAGACAUGUAUGGCACAUUGCUAGCUGAUAACACCAUUGGCGUCUACCAUGACCACUUCAUUACUUAUUAUCUUGACCUUGACAUUGAUGGUGAAGCCAACUCAUUUGUCAAGGAAAAUUUAGAGACAGUAAGAGUGAAAGAUCAGAAAACACCAAGGAAAAGUUAUUGGACUGUUGUAAAGGAAACAGCAAAAACAGAAAGUGAUGCAAGAGUUAACAUUGGAUUGAAGCCUUCUGAGUUAGUAGUGGUGAAUCCUAAUAAGAAAACAAAACUAGGAAAUACAAUUGGGUACCGUUUGGUUCCAGGCUCAGUUGUGCAUCCACUUUUGGCAAGUGAUGAUUAUCCACAAAUUAGAGGGGCAUUCACUAAUUAUAAUGUGUGGGUGACACCAUACAACAAAAGUGAGAAAUGGGCUGGAGGAUCAUAUGUUGAUCAUAGUCGAGGCGACGAUACUUUAGCAGUUUGGAGUCUCAGGGAUAGAGAGAUUGAGAACAAGGACAUAGUAUUAUGGUACACCAUGGGAUUUCAUCAUGUUCCUUCUCAGGAAGAUUUUCCAGUUAUGCCAACCUUGACUGGUGGAUUUGAGCUGAGACCCACUCAUUUCUUUGAGAGCAAUCCAGUUCUUAAAACAAAAUCACCGGAGUCUAUGCACUGCCCAAACUGCACUUCUCAACAUUACUUUGGUUAG